ACCCCUCUUGUCUAUGGUCUUCGUGAGGCCGAUGGGAGGGCGGCGCGCACCUUCCUCCCCCCCAUUACCUCACGCUUGGAGAAGGGGCCGCCGGGAGAGGUGGGGGGGGAGACCCUGUACUCCUGCCUGCCUUCAGCUUUCUUGUUUAGCCGGCGGCGGCGGCGGCGGGCAGCCCGCGGUUCGUUGCCGGGUUUCGCUGAGAGGUUCGUUCCCGCAGCCUGCCUUGUUCUCCCCUCCUCUGCCCCGCUGGGUGGUCCGGUUCUUCGGCUCUCCCCCCGCCCUGGCCCAUGGCUCCAUGAAGCGCGGGGCAGUAGAGGCGGCGGCGGGGACGGGGACGGGGAGGAGGCAAGAGCAGGAGCGGCGGCGGAGGCACUGGCGGCCACGGCGGUGGUUGGGCUGAGAAAGGGGCUCGGAGAGGAAGGAGCCGUCUUCGCGCCGGAGGAAGGAGAAGGUGCGGAUCCUCACGUCAUCUUUGGGCAGCCCGUAUUUAGGGAACAGGAAUGGACCGUGAGAAGAGAAAAUUCAUUCCAGAUAUAAAGUAGCUCCUCCUUUUGUCUGCCCAGGUCCCCCUUGGCAAUACAAGGUUUCUGCUUUCAGGUUCUACAGUGCUCAAGACAGCAACUGCUGAAUCAGGAUGGGAAAAAGACGCUGUGUUCCUCCACUUGAGCCCAAGUUGGCAGCGGGUUGUUGUGGGGUAAAGAAACCCAAGUUAUCUGGAAGUGGAACUCACAGCCACGGGAAUCAAGCCACAAGCGUGCCAGUCUCUAGUUCAGGUCCUCUUCAGAACCACCAGCAUGCAGAUGGGGGCAAUGGAAGAGAGAAUGUAUCAGAUUUGACUUUAUGCCCUGGAAACUCUCCAAUUACUCGAAUGAAUCCCACAUCAGGGGCAUUGAGCCCACUCGCUCGGCCUAAUGGAACUGCCAAUAGCACCAAAAACCUAGUGGUGACAGCGGAGAUGUGCUGCUACUGCUUUGAUGUACUCUACUGUCAUCUUUAUGGUUUCCCUCAGCCACGACUUCCUCGGUUUACCAAUGAUCCUUACCCUCUCUUUGUGACUUGGAAGACAGGCCGAGACAAACGACUUCGGGGCUGCAUUGGAACUUUCUCUGCCAUGAAUCUUCACUCAGGACUCAGGGAAUACACAUUAACCAGCGCACUUAAGGACAGCAGAUUUCCACCCCUGACCCGUGAGGAGCUGCCUAAACUUUUCUGCUCUGUUUCCCUCCUCACUAAUUUUGAGGAUGCCACUGACUAUUUGGACUGGGAGGUGGGAAUCCAUGGAAUCAGAAUUGAAUUUAUCAAUGAGAAGGGUGUCAAACGCACAGCCACAUACUUACCUGAAGUUGCUAAGGAACAAGAUUGGGAUCAGAUUCAAACAAUAGACUCCUUGCUCAGGAAAGGUGGUUUUAAGGCUCCAAUUACCAAUGACUUUAGGAAAACUAUUAAACUUACCAGAUAUCGCAGUGAGAAGGUGACAAUCAGUUAUGCAGAAUACAUGGCUUCUCGUCAGCAUUGUUUUCAGAAUGGCACUCUUCAUGCCCCGCCCCUCUACAAUCAUUACUCCUGACACAAGACUGCAUGACCAGUCCCGGCCCCCAGCUGCCACUAACAGCUACGACAUCAUUGGGGCAGAUGCCUCCUCCUCCUGGUCCAGUUACUUCUAUUACUGCACCAUUUUAUGAUGCUAGCUUCCGUUGCCAAGUCUGCCUUCCAGCUAACUGAAAGGUGGGGGCUACCAGUGAGUGCAACUGAACAACAGGGGUCAGAGCCUUAACUCCUUCCUUCAGAAUGAGAUUUGAUCAGAUUUGAUGCUCCAAGAAUAACAGUUGCAGUUGGAUAGAGAGAACCUAAAGGAAUAGCAGUAUCACUUCAGAUUGCUCUGUGUGCUAGAUUGCACUGUGUUCAUUUGAAUUGUUAUUUAUAAUAGCCCCCUUGAUCAAGUAGGAGAGUUCUCCUGGCAGUCUGGGCAACGGAGUCCAACAAAAAUUUAGGUUAUUUUUAAUUUUUCUUAACCUCUGAUAUUUAUCUACCAUGAGCUGAUGCAUCCUCUGAAAUUCUGGGCAAACAGAUGACAUGAUCUGUUAGGACAGUACACCAGCAGGGACUCCUCCUUGCAAAAGAUGGCAAUCAAAUAUUUGAAAGGGAAAACAUUUUUUUCUGCUGAUAAAAGCAUUGCUUGCACAUAUCCAAGAGAUUUUAGUUCUCACAUCUAGUUCCUCUUGUUUUUGACAUGUAAGGAAAGUAACCUUUAGAUAGGAAAAUAAUGUAUGAAUGAAGUUAAAGUGUGGGUUGUAUAGGAGCAGCACAAGUUUCCUUAUCUUCCAAGGUUAUAAUCUUCUUUGCAUUUCUUCUGGGUGUCUUACUUAAAAUACAAGUAACAUAGUCUGUUCCCAGACUGGGACAGAUCUGUUCCCCACAAGCCAUCUUUAAUAAAGUAAUAAAAAGGGUGUGAAACUCGUUUAUAGGGAAUGCUCUGUGUAACCUGUGAUUUUUAACACAGUAGUUUUCUCUAGUGUGACCCUAAUAUGUGGGUAAAUAAACACACAGCAAAUUUUAGCUUUAAGCAGUUAUCUAAUACAGGUGUAAUUGUUACACUGAUGCUGUAGCAGCCAUUAAUACAUAUAAUUGGAAGUAAGUCAAAUUGACUUAAAUCGAAAUUGCUUCCAGAUAAGUGUACUUAGAUUAGGAACCUGAGGGAUCUUUUUCUAACCCCCACCCAACAAAAGAAACUGGUCUAGAUCUUCACUCAACUCUCCUGUGGAAUUUGGUAUUCUCUUCCCCAUUGCUCUAGUCCCUAAAUAUACUGAAUAGUAAGUAGUAAAGCUUCCUUUUCAUUCCACCAUCCUCAUUCUGCUGUAUGAGUCACUAAAUGAUAUAAUAGGAGGCAGUAUGAUGACUCUUAAAUGUAUCUACAGAAAUAUAAAAUGGAAAGGCCAGACUUCUGAAAACCUUGGUAAUCAGCUUCACAGGAAAAAAGGUCCAGGUGAAGAGCACCUUACUAUACCUGGUAUAAUAAGAAUUCCAUACCCUAAAUGCAGUACAUGUAACAAUAGUGUAUUUCAUAAAUGGCUUGUUAAAAGCCGGAAAUUAUCUGUGAAUCAUCUUUUUCUAUAAAUUUCUGUGAAUGGGUUUUUCACUAGUGGCAGAAGGAAUAAAUACCUUCUGUUUUUUUGAGCACAGCCUCAUAAAUAGGUAUAAAAGAGCAGUAUUUAAGAGUAUCUGGCUUAGGAGUACCAAGAAAAACUGCUGGCUGAAAGAUGGGGAAUCUGUAUAAUUUUCCCUGCACAGCAAAGCUAUUCAGAGUCCAGAAUGCAUCCACAUUUCAUAUUUCUCUACCACAUAUUUCAAAAAAAAAAAACUAUUGCAGUUUUGCUUGUCAUUGAAUACAUCUCUAGAUGUGAGGAGGGAAGAAGCUUGUGUUACUGAUAUGUGCAGUGCUGUCCCAGCUUUUGGUUUUGUAUUGGAUCUUUUUUCCCUUUCUAAUGAUAAUGAAAUGUGUUAGAUAUGAAGGGAGCGUUUCACAAUUUCCUACUCCUGAGAAUAAAUCAGCUUGCUUACCAA